CCAAUCAGAGCGCCUUAUAUUCUGACGCCUGCUCAGUUAUCUCUCCGCGGCUGUAGUUGUUUCGGCGGCGACAUCAAUUUUGGAAAAUCAACAUAAACCAUGGCAGAAGAUCACACAGGCAUGGACCAGAGCAGGGAGAGCCAUGCAGCUCUAGGGAAAUACAGGCUGACAUGCUUCUACAAUACUCCUCCCCUCCAGAAGAUGGAGGAUACCGACAGGUCCACCACGGAGAAGUCGUCUAAACAGAAAGUGGAUCUUCAGUCUCUCCCAACACGGGCAUAUCUGGACCAGACUGUUGUGCCAGUCCUUCUACAGGGGCUCUCUGUGUUAGCCAAAGAACGGCCUCAUAAUCCCAUUGAAUUUCUAGCUGCACAUCUCCACCAGAACCAGUUUCAAUAUGAGGACCGCAUCUAACACCUCUGAAGAAACUACACUGGUCGACUUAUCAUCAGAGACAAGCUGUGUGUUUUCAUUUAGCAUCUGAAUUGUAAAGUGUUUUUUUUUUUUUCUAUACUGUAUGUACCGGCUGGAGUAUACUGAUUUCUUAUUAUUUUCUACGAUACAUGUUUGUUGAACAAACACUUUUUUCCCCCACAUAUUCCCAUUAAAUACCCAUGACUGAUAUCAAA